AUGGGCUCAAUGGUAAUCGGAGGUGACCGCAAGUCAAUCUCCUCGGUCGAACCCCUCACGGCCCUUCAAUCGAGUAACGCAACACCCAACAAGGUCAAUCAGAGGCCAACUCCCUCACAGAGGGAACAAAAGCAGGAGACGUCAAAGUCACCGCUUGUUAUGCGGGCAAAUGCAGCUGCUGAUGUGCAUCAGUGGCCAGAUUUUUCGGGAUUCCGUGAGAGGAACGACAUCUUCAACACCAGUAGUUUACCGCGCUCCCCCAAUCAGAAGCAAAUGGACACUCAUGCAGAGAAUAACAGUAAAGCAGAACUUACCUCACCGGCAAGUGAAGGUAGUGGACGUGUGAUGGAACGAAGCAUGACAGCGGCGGUAUCCGCUCGAACAUUUAGUGACGACAGAGUGUUAGAUGAUGAAUCUGAUAUUGACAUCGUCAUUCACAUGCCAACACAUUACCAGCCGGGCCCACCGGCACAGAUCCAGGAGAAGGAGGUCGUGUCAUCAUCAUCCCCUAGUUGCAACACAGGUGUCGCACUGUCCACCAACGAGGUGCCCUGUAGGGACAUUAUUAAUUCAGCGGAAAACGAGAAAGUUUCCUUUACUGGGGCAUGUCAGCAAAAAGAGAUUGCCCAUCUAAACGAAUUUGUUGCAGUGGUAAAGGAGGCUGUAGUGAAAGCUGUGGUUGAAAUUCCCGCAUCGCCAAAGCCUCAACGUCGACCUCGGUUGACCCGGGCACUUCUCAACAGGACCAGGGAAGUUACCUUUAAGCCGUACACCAUCGAGGAGUGGCUGGGGGGCGUACAACUACUUGGGGACCAACCGGCUGCGGUUAAAAUUUGUUCAGUGGAGAAUGUUAUACUCACGGCCACGAUAGCGACAAUGAAGGUGGAGGAUCAGUUCACCGGAAGCAACGGAUGCACCGAUGCUAGAUUGGAGGAGUCCACUAACUGA